UUUAAAGUCACAUAGUUGGAGGGAAAAGUGAAGUUAAGAUAAAUUCUACACCUUGAAAUUUCACAAAUAUACUUAAAGAGGUCCAAUGGUUUUCUGCAUGAGCAGAAAUAACGCAGAUGACCUCAUCCAUCUGGGGAAGUGUGAGGGCUAACAACAAGUAUUUCCGGGUUACAAGGAGCAUCGUAUUACAUGUAUUUGCCAUUGUAUUUACACGCAGCACGGUUUACUUUAUAUUUGUACGUUAAACGUAAAACAAAUAAUGUUGUCGUUUGCCACAGUUAUAUGUUCAAACAGGCGGGAUAUGGUUUGUCAAAAUGCUUUUAUUGCGAAGGUACAGAACUCGACACCGGAAGUAAUAUCUGUUACGUGGAUGACACCGGACAGGAUCCUCACGCAAGGUGGAAACGCAGCCAUGACACGGACAACUAACCUAAGUAACGUUACGAUGGCUAAUGAGUCGAGGAAGCGCAGUGAUUCUUGUUCGAGGUGCCUGUCAAGUUCAGCUGAGGAUGCAGCAACUCGAGUGAAGAGGGUUUCUAUCGAGGGCAACAUCGCUGUGGGAAAGUCGACCUUUGCAAGACUCCUGCAGUCCGCUUGUCCAGACUGGGAGGUGGUGGCAGAACCUGUGAGCAAGUGGCAGAACAUUGAUAGUGGGACCGUGAAGGGGACAGACGCGUCCCCCCAGACGACCGUCAGCAACCUGCUGCAGAUGAUGUACCAGGACCCUCAGCGCUGGUCGUACACAUUUCAGACAUUUUCCUGCAUGAGCCGUCUGAGGACGCAGCUGCAGCCUCCUCCGGCUCGCCUGCUCAGCUCAGAGCGAACACCUGUCCAGGUGUAUGAGCGCUCCAUCUACAGCGACAGAUACAUCUUUGCCCUGAACAUGUUUGAGCUGGGUUGUAUCAACUCUACCGAGUGGGCAGUCUACCAGGACUGGCACUCCCUCCUGGUGGAACAGUUUGGACACCAGGUGGAGCUUGAGGGCAUUAUCUACCUCAGAGCUCCACCAGAGAAAUGUAUGGAGCGUCUGGGGCGCCGGGGAAGGCCAGAAGAGAAAGGAGUGAAACUGGACUAUCUGGAUAAGCUGCAUGUUCAACAUGAGAGGUGGCUUGUGGAGAAGAGCACUGAAUUACAUUUUGAGAAGUUGAAACAGAUACCUGUGUUGCAACUGGAUGCCAGUGUGGAGUUUCAGAGUGACCCAGAGGUGCAGGAGGAAUUUAUACGAAAGAUAAAAAAGUUCUUCGCUGCUUUAUGAGAGUCAGCUCCCAUCACCAGUGGGAAACCGAUGGGACCAGUCAGACCUCAGUCAACUGUGUUAAC